CUUUGUCAGCACAAUCGAAUGAGAAACCUCGUCCGCCGCGUUUUCACAGCGAAGGCCGGUGGGGCGUACCUGGGCCUCUCAAGGGAAGGCGGCAAGCCGGAUACUCUCGCUUGCUGCAGAUCAGACCGACGAACACGGCCAUGAAGCACUUCCUGGUGGUCGGCGCACUGUUGGCGCUUGCGGUACUUGUUAUCCUUCCAACCUGCCAAGCUGACUGUAACGCAAAGCCAAAGAAGAAAAUCAAAUCCAAGGCCUUCCCAAACCUUCUGAAAAAUUACAGAAACGGAUGGAAACUGACAGGAGAAAUCAGCGAUACAAGUGAGAAAUCGACGUUUUACCUGAUCGAGUAUUACGACUCGAUAGCGAAGGAGGGCUUUCUCAGGUUUAAGCAAGCCGGCGGGGAUGACGUCAACCUCUACUACAUAUCACGCACCAAGGAACUGUUCGUCUACAAGAAACGCACAUGCCAAGUCGUAGACAUGCAGAAUCCACCAGAACCAGUCAAGGCACUCGUAUUCGAAUGGAGCACCAAGCGUCUGAACUUCACCAUUCUGGGCCCUUCCGCGCUUUUCGCGAGUGGCUGGGCGAGCCAAGGAAAGGGAUUGUACUACCAAGGUCCAGCUGAGCCCAUCCGUGGAAUCAAAAGCCAGCAGUGGGCGAUCUGCUACCCUGGUGACAGCGAGCCGACGCGAUUCUGGUUUGCAGAUGACAAGUGGGACAUGGGUUACGGCACCAUGAAGUCGCUGCCACUCAGAAUCACCUCGGGAUCUCAAACAGUCGACGUCAUGAUGGUGCAGCCUUAUCACGACGACGAAGACAGCGUCCUGAAGAUCCCCGCAGGUAAAGGAUGCAAACGGCUGGCCAAGGAUCUACCGGCUCCGCCCAAUUUUUCGAACCUGGACCUCGAAUUUCACGUCGAAAUGGCUUUCUCAAAUCCGACGGUGCUGGGCUCCAUGCACUACCUGGCCCAUUUGGAAGUAAUUCGCAACGAUAGAGACGACCUUCUCAGCGUCACCGGUGUAGACUGGCAGUCGGCCAGCAAAGAGGAGCACGCGCUCCUUAUCAGCAUGCAAAAGAUCUACGAUUUCGCCAACGGUCACGUCUACAGCUACGUCGACAGCAGCGGCUUUGUCGGGUGCAAAGUGGAAGCGCGGGACAACGUGGAACCCGCCAUCGUGUUUCCGGACAGAAACGAGGUCAGCAUGUUGGACACGAUACUGCCGACCUACGACCUCCUGAGCAAUGCAAGCUACCUCGGCAUCCAAGAGGUCCGUGGAAUGCCCGUGCACACCUUCGAGCUGGUAACCACGGCAAUGCCAGUGGGAAAUGCCAACCUCACCCGGGCUGUGAUCACCUACAGCUUCCUUGCGGAGCACGAAUUUAUGGACACCUCGGUCAACCAGAGGAACCUCCCCGUUCGAGUGGCCAUGUACGCCUACGUGAGCAACAAUGACGAGCCGUACUUCUACUUCUUCGCGAACAUCCACGAUAUCACGACAGAGAUGAGGGACCUCAACAAGAAGCUGAACGUGAAGAACUGCUACAAUGAGAACGACUCCGAGUACACCUGGGUCCAGCUUGGCUUCCCGGUGGCCAAGAGGAUGCCCCUCAUGAUGGUUAACAGCGCCAACAUCAAGCGAGGCUUCCUGGCACAGCUACAGCGUGUCACAAGGCUGUCACCUCUCAGGACACCGGACAUGCUGGUCGACUACACUGAAAACAUGGUCUACGUCACGGUACUUAUUUUGGGGCAUCCUGCAAUUUCAGCUGACUACGAGCCGAUACCGAAAAUGAAAAUCAUGGAGCCGGAAUGGACCGAGGGUGUCAUCACGCACGACAACUGCCUCAAGGCCUGUUCGUCCAAAGACUACAGAGACUGCAGUGCUGUCUCCUACUGUGGAUCCGUCUGCGCGACAACGACAAAGGCAAAUAUUAACGCGUCCGACGUGCUCGUGGAGUCAGAGGACUGCGACACUUACGUGAAGACGGAGCGUUCGCGAAGAAGAAACGUAGUGCUGACCCGCGACGCCAUCUCGGACCUGGAAGACGCUCUGAGAAAAAGCGAGUUCAAGUUCAACGUCAUGCACCUCAACACAAGGAUAGCGGUGGCCACACUCGUUGCUCAAACGAUAGAGUAUUCCACGGGAGGACUCCGUGGCAUGAUAGGAGAGUUGAACCCCGACUCGAGGCACCUACAUCAACGCAACCGCUUCCAGCCGCCCGAAGGCUUCAGCGAGAACUUGGUGGUGACGGGGCUCAAGACGAGCGAGGCCUACGCCCAGUACGUGGGCUCGUUCGAGGCGCAGGACUGCGCCGACAUCUGCCGCGACCGCGAGGACUGCUUCGCCUUCUCGACGUGCCUGGUGAGCAAGCAGUGCGUCGUCGGCACCGAGGCCAGGAAGCCCACGUUCGAGGAGACAGAUUUCCAGGCGGACUGCACCCUGUAUACGAAGACGUACGAGAGCAAGUUCGAAGAGCUGCUCGGCAUCUGCUACUCGUCCGUCGCGGCCAAGUACGUACGAGCGACCGUCGCCUCGGAAUGCGCCGCCGCGUGUCUCAACGAGAAGGAGUUCUCGUGCAAGGCGUUCGACUUCUGCCUGACCCCGCGCGAGGACAAGCCCGCAUGCCGCCUACAGGACAGGAGCAUCCUCGAGGUCGACACCAGCACCGACGUCGACCGAAGCGGCGCCGAGUCGUGCAGUCACUACACACGCAAGCACAUCAGCGACUACCGUAAGGAACGCCGGGUCCGCCUGCUGGGCACUCCACGCACGGUGAUCAAGAAGGUGUCCGAGGCCGAGUGCGCGCGCAAUUGUUGGGAAGCGAGCUUCCGCUGCGACAGGUUCGACCACUGCGCCGGCAAGCGGGAGCUGGGAAAGGGCGACUGCCUGCUCUACGACGGCGACCAGGGACCCUACGGGACAGUCAUGUCGCCCGUCUGCAACUCCUACAACUACACGGGAAACUACAACGCCCCGGUAGCAAGAGCGCCUGAGGCACUCCACAGCAAUGCGAAGGCCGCCGGCCUGUCUUUCUUCAUGAUAUUCGUGGGCAUCGGCAUAGUUGUGGCGGCGCUGUUCGCCUACGGCUUCUACAAGAGCAGACGGGCCACCACCAGCCAAGAAGAAUGAGAAAAAAAAAACUCGCGAAAACGCAAUCAUAAAUGAAUAUUUAUUUAUACCAAAA